AUGGAUGCGACCGACAUCCGGAGUUGCUAUGAUGUCAACGAAAGCGAAGGCCAGAGAACCACCCUCCUCAUCCUUAACGGACGACCUCCCAGCUCGAAUGAUAUCGCCGCUAGCCCUGGUCUCGCCUGUCUCAUCGUUGUCUUGAGACGCAUCUACGCUCAUCUCCUUGGCCACCCCGGGGCUUCUCCUUUUCUCAACUGGGUGAAGUCAUCAGAACAAGAAAAUCCCAUCCUGCGUGUCGCAUGGCACCCAUUUGGUGAUUAUCCAGAGGAGAUUGAGCGAGCAACCAUGUCCAUGAACAACUUGGCCAAAGAGCUCGCUUCCAAGGGCUUCUCACCCGACGAGUCAUUCUAUACCCUCUGCGAGUCGUCGCUGAUGAAGAGAACCUUUUGGGCUCACCAAGGCGUCCGUGUCGUCAGUCCUCCCGCCCAAGCCAACAUGGAUAGCCAAGACGCAGCUGGCACCUAUCUACAAGCAACCUUGCUCGAGUUCCAUCCUGCUCAAAAGCCAGGCCAAACUCUGCAAAGCUUUGCCGAUGAGCUUUUCGAGGCGACCACCGCCAGACCUCCCAUCAUCCGCAUCCUUUAUCACUCCGAUGCGAGUCAGCCCAUUGAGUUCAACGGCCUCCGAAGCUUCGCCCCCACAGCUGAUGGCAACUCUUCUGCCGCUGCCAGAGAGGAGAAGUAUCUACUCCUGGCGGUCGUUCGCCUCAACGACGCCAACCACAAGAACGACUAUGUCCGUACGUACUCGGUCUACGGCUCCAACAUCAUCGCCGAAUAUGAGCCUCCAUCCUUCAUGGCUCAUCGGUGGUCUGUCAAGGAUGCGCCUAGCCAUCACAUGCUCAUCUAUGGUCUUAAAGAGUCGGGGCCAGAUGACGAAACAGACUUUACUAAUCUCCCUGAAAUAGCCACUUAUCCGAUCUUUCAGGGUGAACCCGCCAGGAUUCGCCGUAUCGAUGAUCGCCUCAAGAGUCUGUUUCCACGUCGGGCACCCGAAGCCGAGUCGACAACAACUGACACCGAGCUUCCUGGAGACUCUCGCCAAUCGGUCCCAGAGUACAGGGACCGCCGAAUUGCCUUCAAUGGGCUCUACAUCCGAAAGUCCGCUUACAACGUCAAGGAGAACUCCCCUGGAUAUGGAUCGGAUCGCCGCUACAAGGAGGAGGAGCCACCAAGCGCUGGCAGCGCUCAUGGAACUGAGAUCAAAGAAUGGACCUGA